AUGUCGCUCCCACAGCAGAAGAGCAUCGCCGUUGUCCAUACCCAUGUCUGGAAUAUGGACGGCCUCAUGACGGCCCCCGGCCCAAGCGUCAAGAGGCGGAGCAGCCGGAGAAAGAGGUGUGCAGAUUGCAGGGCAGGAGAAUCUGUCCUCAGCGGGUCUUGCGUUCUUCAUACCUCACUUCACGUUGCCCACAGAAAGAGGGCGCCUGAGGUGGACUGGAGGCAUCUACACAUUCUCGGCCAGGAAGAUUUCAAGACUUCCCCAUCAAUCAGCUCUGAGGGGUCUAGCCCUUCGGAGGCUUCGUUAGCGUGCGAAGAGAUGAAAUUAACGACGAGAUUUCUAUUUUCCAAUAUCCGAACGACAGAGAGCGAGCUGGAAUCCAUGCUAGAUGCUUUCUCUGGCAGCCUCGACAAAGCGGAAAGGCCGGAACCAGCCUCAUUAAAUGGCGGUUAUUCAGUUACAGAGCGAAGGGAUGAAGAAUCAAAAGAAGAGUACACGGAGGAGGCCUAUCGAGGGUUUGAGACCUGGGUGAUGGGCUCAUACGAGCAGAUGUUUUGCUUCGCCCGGGGCGAUUGCUCUGGGUCGCAAAUAUAUGAUUAA